AUCCACAACAAUUCUACCCGUCUUUAAAUAGUGCCGGCUCUUGUAUUGAAGUCACAGCAAACAAGGUGUGGCCGGGUCGUUGGCAGCUUCUCACCCAAUGAGUCAUGAGUCCAGAACUACCUCCGCUCUCAAGAGAGACAAUUUCGAUCAUUUGAUUUGAGCGGAUCGGCGAGAUUCGGGAUGUUCCCUCCUCCGUAUUUCUCAGGAGCCGGGAGUUUCCAGCAAAUCGCCUCCACACUUCCGGCGCCGACCCUUUUAAUUGCGCACAGAAAGGCUCGGAGCCCAACACGGGCAGAUCUCUGCUAUAGGAUCUUUGCCCAACACGGGCAGAUCGCGGCUCCUCUCCUCUCCGGUGGUCCGCAUCACAUCACAUCACAUCACGCCUAGUCCGGGCGAUAUCUGUAGAGAUACAAAAAGUGAGGUUUGAGAGAAACUGAAGAAAUGAAGAUCCUGGUUUUACCUUUACUGCUGUCACUCAGUAUUGGCACUGAAAUGUCUCGCUGGCAUUAUGGAAGAAAGCACACUUCAAGCAGGGCAGAUGCUAAAUCCCAGUGCAUUACUGAGAGUGGAAAAAAUUACAGGGGCACAAAAGAUUACACAGUAUCUGGCUUUGAAUGCUUGAGAUGGGAUUCAGCUGCUGUUCUUGAAAGGAAAUACAGUGCAAUGAGAUCAGACGCAUUGGAACUGGGCCUUGGGCCUCACAAUUAUUGCCGGAAUCCAGAUGUUGACAGCAAGCCUUGGUGUUAUGUUCAAAGGAAAAAGAACUGGGAAUUCUGUGAUAUUCCACAAUGUCAAAAAAAAAUCAAGUCAAAGUGUGGUCAAAGACAGCAUAAAAUUCAUAAGAUUGUUGGAGGAGCUCGAACCACAAUUGAUUCUCACCCUUGGCAAGCAGCACUCUACGUUAUUGGAAAACGAUCCAAUGAACCCAUUUUUCAAUGUGGAGGAAGUCUGAUCAACUCUUGCUGGGUUUUGACAGCUGCACACUGUAUUAAAACCAAUGCUUCCCCUACAGACUAUAUGGUAUUACUGGGAAAACAUUCAAUAAAUGAAUAUGCAAAAGAUGAUCAAAACUUUCUUGUCAAAAAGAUAAUUAUACACCAAAAUUUCAACGAACAUACAUACGACAAUGACAUCGCGCUGUUAAAAUUGAGAUCUCAAUCAGGAACGUGUGCAAAGGAGAUUAAAUUUGCACAACCUAUCUGUCUGCCUUCUAAUCACCAAAGAUUUCCAGAUAACACUCAGUGUGAAAUUUCUGGUUAUGGCAGAGAAGAAGCAUUUUCUCCUUUCUUCUCCAAAUUCCUGAAAGAGGGAACAGUGCGCUUACUUUCACAGCGAUUAUGCAGGUCCUCACGAUAUUAUGGAAACAAAGUGACUGAAAACAUGUUGUGUGCUGCACACCCUGACUGGAACGUAGAUUCUUGUAAUGGAGAUUCUGGUGGACCUCUGGUAUGUGAAAACAAUGGACAAAUGUACCUUUAUGGAAUAAUCAGCUGGGGUGAAGAGUGUGCCAAGAAGUAUAAACCUGGAAUUUACACAAGAGUUACCAACUAUAUACAGUGGAUUGAAGAAAACAUGGCUGCCUAAUUUGUGGCAUUUUAAAUAAGUUCCAGUAAUAUUUGGCUUGAAUAAUAAUUUCAUCCAAUUUGCCUUGUCUUACUCCUAAUAUAUAUCAAUAUGGAUAAAGUUUUGAAAGGUUAAUAUUGCAUUUCACAGCUGCAAAAGUUUUCAAUGUUUGUCUGCAUCAGACAGCUUAUUUCUUUUUAUAUUUAUUAUUUAGUAUAGAUAUUUUUUUUUUAAAGUUAACAAAUCCUCUGAGAAGGUGAAAUAUUAAUUUACAUUGAUCUUGGUUCAUUAAUAAAGUAGUUUCAAGAUGGUAAUUGUUCUGUGAACUGUUUGCUCUAUAGUGAUGUACAAUAUGAAUUGCAACUCAUAACUAGUUGCAGAUAGACACAAAAUGUUGGAGUAACUCAGCGGGACAGGCAGCAUCUCUGGAUAGAAGGAAUGGGUGACGUUCGAGUCGAGAUCCUUCUUCAACCUGAUGUCAGGGGAGUGGGCAGAAUAGAUAACAAUGUCAUAACUAGUUGCCAUUAUUGUCUAACUGCUCAGGGAUGAAGUUGUACUGUAAAUACAGUUUAACCAGAAUUAAGUUGUUUGAGCUUUAAGAAAUUUGAAAGGUUGGCUGACCUUCCUGGAGUAUCAAUAAGAGUAAAGAAUCAGCUUUUCUGAUACUUAAAAGUUAGAUAAUAGAAAGCAAAUAGCAUUUUUUUUUGCAAUUAACAUACCUGAUCUUCUAGAAAGCAAAUUCAGGUCUCAACUGUGUGUUCGUUUAAUAAUGGCAAUGCGGAACAAACUAACUACUGUUGAGCAACUUGUUCUGAAUUGCUGCAUUUAUUGAUUUUGCGACAGGUGGGAUAAAUCAUGGUUCACAACUUGGGCUUCAUCACCUCAGCUGUGUUCCAGGCACCCACCAUUGUCUGUGUAAAUAAACAAAAAAAUUCACCUAAACAUCACCUUUAAACUUUACCCCUUUAUGCUAUGAUCAGAUCUCCUUGAGAAUCCUAAACCAGUCGUAUCUCUUUGAAAGAUUUAUAACAUCUUCAGUCAUGUAUGGGUAAUGCCAAUUCCACAAAGUCUGAAUAAAUGGGUCUUUCACUCUAGAACAAUGGGGUCCAUACUUAUACUAUAUACUUGCAUUGCCACUGCGGCCAAUAUUUAUCUAACUAAAAUAGUUUCUGUCAGACACGUUCUUGUGCAGAAUUAUUUUAAUUCUAGUCAUUUUGAGUUUUCAUUGUCUACUUUGUGUAAUCCUUUGGAGACUUCGUAAAUGUUUCUAAAAUUAUACAUCUAGCUCUUGUAUAUAGAUGCAUUUUCAUUACUUUUAUUUAGGUUAUAAGAUACAGCUAAUGCACAAAAUAAGAAUAUCUGAACCUUCAGUAAAAUUUGGACAUCAUAUAAAAUAUGUAAAUAGCAUUUGGAUUGGCGCCAAAUAUAAUGUUCCCAAAGACUACCUUUCUCCAUAAGUUGUUAAUUUAUCCAACUUUGUUAACUCAAAGUAACCAUUAAUGAAAUUAAAUACAGUUUUGCAUCUUAAAAAGCUUUCUAAAUGUUUCAGUUAAAUACUUUAUUUCGAAGGAAAAUGAAUGGGUAAAUAAUUCUUUGAACAGCAUUUGGUGGUUAUACUAUACUAAUAUUGUAUUUGUUGAAUUUCAAGUUCAAGUGACUUUAUUGUCAUGUGUCCCUGUAUAGGACAAUGAAAUUCUUGCUUUGCUUCAGCACACAGAACAUAGUAGGCAUUUACUGCAAAACAGAUAAGUGUGUCCAUAUACCAUAAUAUAAAUAUAUAUACACACAUGAAUAAAUAAACUGAUAAAGUGCAAAUAACAGAUAAUGGGUUAUUAAUAAUCAGUUUUGACCGAGCCAGGUUUAAUAGCCUGAUGGCUGUGGAGAACUAGCUAUUCCUGAACCUGGUUGUUGCAGUCUUCAGGCUCCUGUACCUUCUACCUGAAGGUAGGAGGGAGACAAGUGUGUGGCCAGGAUGGUGUGGGUCUUUGAUGAUACUGCCAGCUUUUUUGAGGCAGCGACUGUGAUAAAUCCCCUCAAUGGAAGGAAGGUCAGAGCCGAUGAUGGACUGGGCACUGUUUACUACUUUUUGUAGUCUUUUCCUCUCCAGGGCGCUCAAGUUGCCAAACCAAGCCACGAUGCAACCGGUCAGCAUGCUCUCUACUUCAAAUAGGAAUAAAGAACUGUAUAUUUAUCAUGUUACUUCAAAGGGAUUCUCCCUGUGGUCACCAGUUGCUGCAUUUAUUGUUUGAUGUUCUUUAAUGCUUCUACCAUGUAGCCUUGAAGUGCUUAUCAGGGGUAUAUUUGGAAUUAGUCAUUUUCAUAAGGAAUAGGAGUAGAAUUAGGCUAUUCGGCCCAUCAAGUCUACUCCGCCAUUCAAUCAUGGCUGGUUUAUCUCUCCUCCUAACCCCAAUUUCCUGCCUUCUCCCCAUAAUCUUUGACACCUGCACUAAUCAAAAUGUAUCUAUCUAUGUCUUAAAAAUAUACACUGACUUGGCCUCCACAGCCUUCUGUGGCACAUAAUUCCACAGAUUCACCAUACAUUCACCAUUUUGUAGUCACCAAAGCCACUGCUGCCACUUGGACCACACUGGUGGAGUCAUGAAUAUUCUGAGUCAGCAAGAUGCCCCUCCACAUUUGGACUUGGAAACUGCUGGUAAGAAGAGACCACAGGUGAAGCUUACCAUUAUCUUUUCUUUAUUCCUAUUUGGAUUGAUAUUUCCAUUUACAAAAACUAGACAGCUAGAAGAACUCGAGGUUAGGCAACAUCUGUGGAGAGAAAUGGACACAACAUUUCAGGUGUGGUCCCGUCAUCCAAAUAAUGAAUACAAAUAAUGAACAACAGUGGACCCACCAGCGGUACACCAUUACUCACAUGCCUCCAGUCUACAACCCUAAUCCUAUCUCGGCAACAGAACAUUAUGGACUGCCUCUUACACUACCAUGGAUAUUUUUUAGUUGUGUAUUUUUGCACAAGUCUUUUUUUUUUUUGCAUCGUCUUUUAUUUGGCAACAUCUUGUUGAAUUUGUGUAAUAUGUGUAAUUUAAGUCUUUGCAUAUACUUACUUACUAUAUGCAAAACUUACAUUGCAAUAUGCCUUACUGUACUUGUGCAUACUGUAAUAAACUUGAGAAACAAGGAAUGUGUUGGAGUAACUCAGCGCGUCAGUCAGUAUCACUGAGAACAAGGUACACAAAAUUGCUGGAGAAACUCAGCGGGUGCAGCAGCAUCUAUGGAGCGAAGGAAAUAGGCGACGUUUCGGGCCAAAACCCUUCU